AUGAAGAAAUUUCAAGUGGCCCCACCGCCCAAUUUGGCACGACUUCAUCGUGCAAGGGAGGAGUUAGGCCACCCGGAAUUUACUCCUCCCAGAACGGGUCAAAUAGAAGAACAAAUGACGGACCAUAAUGUGCGAGCCGGUUUUUCGGAGCCGUUGUUCGUCGACGAUGAGAAUGGGUCCGCUUAUGAGUUCUUUGCGAGUGACCUGGCAACUCCCAACAUAUUAGCAUCGGUGGAGACCUCGUUUCUCGAGAUAAUACGGAACCAACGGAUGGGUGUGGAAAUGCUUGACAGCACGCAUAAUAUUGAGUUGCCGCCUCGUCGUCAUCUGUCGGAUAAGGAUAAAUGGUUUGAUAUGCUGGCUUCGGACGUUCCAUUAAAAAACUUGGUUCAGAUUUUUCCCGGCUCUCUUGAUUGGAUGCACCUGUUGAGAAUUGCAUCUGAGAUUCAAGUUCCAUAUGUGAGGACUAUUUGGGCAAUAAAAGUACUUACCAAGUAUAUGGAAGUCGAGAACAAAAGCUUAAGCUUUGAUGGCUUAUGGGAUCGCAAUACAUGUCAAUUCCUACUUGGUCAGCUUGAUUAUUUUGAUGCCGCUAAAUGGGACUACAGUGUGCGAUUAACGAAAUACAUGUAUGAUGAUGGACUUCUAGGACAGAGGUUUCUAAGAGACACGCUGCUCUAUUUAACCAACGAAGGUGACGAUGAAUGGCGGUUGGCCAUUUGGCUGUUUCUUGUUCAGACGUUUUUAUUUGAGUAUCAACGCAGCAUAUCUUUGAUGCGCUUGCUACUAAAAGCACUAUUUAAUCAGUUAACAAAGCUUCGUAGGAAUCCAGAUAACAUAUCGAGUCCCGAUCUACCAUAUGUAAUGAUUAAGAACAUGUUACAGGGUCUUCUUUUAACAGAUCCAGACACUUUUGUUUUGCCACGACGAUGGUUUGGCGAGGAAUUGCGUGAGCUUAUUCGAACUGCAUUGGUUGAAGAUGAUUCUAAAGCGCCAGUUCCAGCACAGAUAAAAGUAAAAUUACAGAAAAUAUUUGAGGAGAUCAACGAAAGAAACGAGAUAAUUGAUGACAAGCGAGCACUAACAACAGGACGUUUCAGAAAAGAUGAUGCUGAUUCGGAACCAUCUACAUUAACCAAGGUAAAAAGCAAGUACAUCCAAUCUGCAUACAGUCAGUUAUUAUGUCUCUGA